AUGGCUUCAAAGUCUUCAGCAUCUUUUCAAGUUAUAGAAGAAGGGGAAGAACAAAAAGAAGAACAACAACCUUCAAUUUCUUCAUCAAAUGCAGACGAUCAGCCGCCAGUGAUUGGUGGGGGGACAGAAAUGGGAGAAGCAAUAAUGGAAAUGAUCCGUCCUGCUGUUCAGAAUUUGGAUAAUCAAGUAAAAUGUACAAGGAAAAGUCAAAUAAUGUUGGCUUCCCAUAUUGAUGAAUUAUCGAAAAAAUUAAAGAGUAUUGUGGAUGAACAAACACUUCCCUACGAUUUGGAUAUUUAUGUGAGGAAAUUAGAAGAUAGCCGUAAACGGAUGACGAGUGUUAACCAGCGGUUGCAGUCUCUUCACACGCGUGUAAGUCAACUACAAAGAAGCGCAGCACGCGAGAUUAGUAAACAAAAACAACGUCAGACUCCGGCUCAGCAAUAA